ACAUAACAAAUUUUGACAUUUUUACUUGGGUAUCGUCAGUGGAUCACGAUUGCUUCAUUGUGCACAGCGGCAAGUCACCGGCACCGAGAGCUAUUUACUUACAAACUACCUGUUUGUGCAAAGAUUUCGGUUCACUUUCACUUUCGACGAGGAUCGCGGAAAAGAUCAGCAGCGCAUAAGAAAAACAUCAAAACAAACCUCGCAAUUACAUCACUAGAUGUGAGUAUGCCACCGGAGCGGCCUUGCUCGUGAGUGUUCCUAUUCUGUCUACAAAGUUCGAACACUUUUGCACUGUUUGCUGUCGGAGCGGCAGUGAAUUCAGUGGUUAUGUUUUGAUUGCAUAUUGAUUCUGUGCGUGGAAGCUGCAUGUUGCUGGUGUUUGCGAUCUGCUUCUCGCGUAGAGUAGUAACCGCUCAGUUCCGUGCCGCCGAACAUCAGCUGCGCGAGCGUUGCCGGGCUCAGUCUUGUACAGUAUCUCGCCGGACGAGCUUCGCGUUUGUUACUAGUGAAUAGUCGCGGCUUUUGUCGCGUGUUUUGAAUGGGACUGUGGUUUUAGGGGUUUACAGUGAGCAGAUUAAAAAGUGGUAACCGGCUGGCAUUGACUGGGCUUGGGAGUGUGUGUUCGAAUUGUGUGAGUGCUGCUGCCUUUGCAGCUGAAGCACCAAACAUGCUGUUCACUGGGAGCGUCAUAGGUCUGGCGGUCCUAGGACUGUGGGCUCUGGUCUUCUGGCUCUAUGACAAUUUCAAAUCACCCGUUCAAGCAAUCGUGGCCAUGCUGAUGCCCUACUUUGUUCCCUCGGAAAAUAGAAGCCUGGUGGAGCGAUUCGGCAAAUGGGCUGUAAUCACCGGCUGCACCGACGGUAUUGGCAAGCAGUAUGCAUUCCAGUUGGCCGCACGUGGUCUCAACAUUGUGCUCAUCUCACGGACCACUGAGAAGCUAAUAGCCACAGCCGCUGAGAUCGAACAGCGUUAUCAGGUUAAAACGAAAUGGAUUGCGGUGGACUUUGGUCAGGGCCGGCCAAUCUACGACAAAAUCAAGCAGGAACUGGCCGGUAUCCCGGUCGGCAUUUUGGUAAAUAAUGUAGGAACGAACGUAGAUUUUCCGGAUGAUCUGGAUAAGGUUCCGGAGGACAAACUUUGGGAUAUCAUCAAUAUCAACAUCGCUGCCGCAACGACGCUAACGAGGAUAGUGCUACCUGAGAUGAAACAGCGCCGCCAAGGGGCAAUCGUGAACAUCUCCUCCGGCAGUGAGCUGCAGCCGUUGCCAUACAUGACUGUUUAUGCGGCCUCCAAAGCCUACAUCCACAACUUCACCCUAGCGCUGCAGUACGAGCUGGAACCGUUCGGUAUAACGUGUCAACUGGUCAGCCCGCUGUUUGUGACCACCAAGAUGAAUAACUUCUCCGACAGCCUGAUGGCAGGUGGAGUCUUCAUCCCGAAUGCUGAAGCGUACGCCAAGCAUGCCGUAUUCACGCUAGGCAAAACGAAACAAACAACUGGCUAUUGGUCCCAUGGAAUCCAGUACUGUGCGUUCCGGCUGUCACCCGUCUGGAUUCGAACUAUCAUUGGCGGGGAGAUGAACAAACACUUUCGAAAGGAAUACUACAAUCAGCAGAAAUCCACCGUCAAAGUGAAUUGAAAUCCGGUGCCGAUAGAUUUUAGAUUAAGGAUGUUUGAUGCAUUUCAGUAAUAUUUACAAUUAAUAUUAGCUAAACCAAGCAUUGACGACAAGAAAAUAGUCAUUCAAUUAUUGUUCUUCAUACUAUGUUGUUUUUGUUUUACCCUAAGAGUAUAGUGCAUUGUCAAAAACGCCUCAAACGAAAACCACAUUAUAAUUUAAGACUGAUAACCUGAAAACCCGUUGCAGUUAAGUAUUUGAAUAGAUAUGUUAAUGAUACAUUUCAACAUUA